AUGAAUGAGUUUGUACUGUGGGCCGCCUUGGUCGUGCUCCCGGCCGUCCUUCUGUACCCGGUUUUUGGCAAGAUUCGUCGCCGGGGAAAGACGGACCGCCCGGAUGGUCUUUAUACGGUAUACGAGCCUGAGCAGGCUGAGGACGUCACUUUUGAAAUUGUCGCCGUCCAUGGCCUUGGGGCACAUCCGGAGUACACCUGGACAGGCACCCCAUCGGUGUCGACCAGUUCGGGCCAUAGGAACCGCAUCCACCUGCUAAGGGAUCUAUUGAAAAAUGAUUUUCCGACCGCACGAAUCCUGGCGUUUGCGCACAACUCGGACUGGUUGAUCGAUGCCCCGAUCACGUCAGCGCAGCAGAUCGGUAAUCGACUGCUAGAUGAGUUGGUGAAGCAUCGGUUAAAGUAUAGAAGCGUACCGAUCGUCUUUCUCGGCCAUAGCUUCGGGGGCAUCGUUAUAAAAGAGGCCUUGUGCAAGCCUGAAGAGACCGCGAGAGACAUCGUUGACAGCACUUGUGGCAUCAUUUUCCUCGGGACCCCUCACCAGGGGUCACCUAUCUCCAUUCUGGGGACCGUUGCAGCCCGCGUGACCGGCUUUCUCGGGUCGAACACCGGGCUCCUCCUUUCCCUAGCGGGUAAUCGGACACAGCUCUCUGACUUGGACGUACGUUUUGUUCAAUGUAUGAAGGACAAAGAAGUUCGACGGCAGAAGACCGAGAUUGUAGCUUUCUGCGAAGGGAAGCCCACACGUAUGCUAGGAUGGCUAUCGGUCGGCUUAAUUGUCCCCAUAGACUCGGCCCGAGGUGGUCAUGCUGCUCAAGCCGUUUUUAUCGAUACAGACCACUCUGGAUUGAACAAGUGCAAGAGACGGGACGAUCUACUUUAUCAAAGUCUCUGGGAACAGCUGCGAAGACUUAGACCGACGACUACACCCACCCUAAACGGCAACCAGCAGUACGUCGUCGACAAGUUACGCACUGUAGAAGGUGCCGCAUUCAACUCCCAUGCAAACGAACAUGUGGCGACUUGCCUCGGAAACACGCGCCAUGAGCUGCUCGACACGAUUAACCAAUGGACGGAUGGUCCCAUAGCUCGCGAGCAUAUAUAUUGGCUUCAAGGAAAGGCUGGCACCGGCAAGUCCACGAUCGCUCGUACCGUGGCCGGUGAACUUGCCGAGCAGGGUCGUCUCGCAGCCAGCUUCUUCUUCAAGAAGACUGAAAUUGAUCGUAAAAGUGCUGAUUAUUUGUUCACAACUAUCGCUGCCCAACUCGUCCGAGGACUGCCUGCAGUCGCUGAGCACAUGCGAAACGCUAUCGAAGAUAACCCUCAUAUCGCCACAAUGGCACUGGGAGAGCAGUUUAGGAAACUGAUUGUACAGCCAAUCAAGGCCAUUCUGUAUGAUUUCUCUAAGACUAUGACGGUCGUGAUUGACGCGCUUGAUGAAUGCGAGGGUGAUGAGGAUAUCACAACGAUUAUCAAGUUGCUGUUGCAGACCGAUCGCUCAGAAGUAGUCCCGUUGAAAUUCUUCGUCACCAGUAGAUUUGAGCCUCCAAUUCGUCUUGGGUUUCAGGGGGUCCAAGACCGGUUCAUAGAGUUUCCUGUUCACGAGAUCCCACAGCCCAUGAUUGAGCGAGACAUCACAACUUUUUUGAGGUUUCGAUUAGAUGAGAUGCGGUCCAGGUUCGGGCUCCCGGCUGGAUGGCCAGGCUCAGCCGAUUUCAAUAGACUUUUAAAAAGGUCUAUUCCACUGUUCAUCUUUGCGGCUACUACCUGCCGCUUUAUCGAAGAUCAUCGACAGGCCGGUGAGCCAAACGAUCGGCUUCAGAAGAUACUCCAACAGAAGGCUAGUGGGGCCUUUGAUGCAAUAUACCUGCCUAUAUUAAGCCAAAUGGUCGAUGGACUCAAGGGUUCUGCACGUAGGAGUACAGUCACAGAGUUCAAGGAGAUUGUAGGGUCGAUAGUUACCCUUGUAAAUCCUCUUAGCGCUGCAUCACUAGCGUGUCUGCUUGGAAUUUCUACUGAAUGCGUCAAUAACAGAUUACAGCUACUUCACUCUGUCCUAGACAUUCCAAGUGAUCCAGGACAUCCGCUGAGAAUCUUCCAUGAAUCGUUUCGAGACUUUAUCGUCCAUCCUGACCCAGAGGAUGUCCACGAAUUCUAUGUUGAUGAGAGGUCCACCCACAAGAUGCUCGCAGACAGAUGUCUCACGCUGCUUUCCCACGGUGGCUAUCUAAAACAGGAUAUCUGUGGACUAGGAGCGCCGGGGACUUCUCGUGCUGAUAUCGAUCAACAAACGAUUGACCGGUGCCUACCACCCGAGGCGCAAUAUGCAUGUAUUUACUGGGUGCAUCAUUUGAAGAAGAGCAGAGUCAAGCUGGAUGAUGAAUACCAAGUUCUAUCCUUCCUCCUUGAUCACUUCCUUCACUGGCUCGAAGCUUUGAGCCUGAUGGGAAUGAUAUCUGAGGGUAUCAGGCUAUUGGAUGAUUUACUGGGUCUGGUUGAUCAUAAGUUUCAUUCUCAAGUACAUGAAUUUCUGCAGGAUGUAAAAAGGUUCACUCUUCAAAAUUCAUACAUAGCUGGCAUUGCUCCACUGCAGCUCUACUAUUCUGGACUGGCUUUUGCACCUGUACAAAGCGUCAUACGGAAGAUCUUUGUUCGCGAAAAGCCCAAACAGAUAGAAACACUACCAGUGGCGAUGGAAUACUGGAACUCAAAUCUACAGACCCUUGAAGGGGAUUCUGAUCGCGUCCGGUCUGUGGCCUUCUCUCCGGACGGCCAAACGGUGGCCUCUGGCUCGUAUAAUCACACGAUCAAGCUCUGGGACGCUCGGACGGGUAAGGAGCUACAGACCCUUAGGGGGCAUAGCGGUUCCAUCUGGUCUGUGGCCUUCUCCCCGGAUGGCCAAACAGUAGCCUCUAGCUCGGACGAUCACACGAUCAAGCUCUGGGAUGCUCACACGGGCAAGGAGCUACAGACACUUAAGGGGCAUUCUGGUCGGGUUAAGUCUGUGGCUUUCUCCCCAGACGGCCAAACAGUAGCCUCUGGCUCGGACGAUCACACAAUCAAGAUCUGGGAUGCUCAGAUAUGUAAGCUAUUACAAACCCUUCAGGGGCAUUUCUCUUCGGUUCGGUCUGUGACCUUCUCCCCGGAUGGCCAAAUACUUGCCUCUGGCUCAGAUGAUUGUACAAUCAAGCUCUGGGAUGCUCAGAUGGGUAAGGAUCUACAGACCCUUGAUGGGUAUUAUGAUUCUGUGAACUCUGUAACAUUCUCUCCAGAUGGCCAUAUGGUGGCCUCUGGCUCAGCAGAUGAUAGAAUUCAGAUUUGGGAUGUCCAGACAGGUAAAGAAUCACAGACCCUACAGACACUUGAGGGAUAUUGUAAUUCUGUUAACUCUGUAGCCUUCUCCCCAGAUGGCCAAAUAGUUGCCUCUGGCUCAGAUGAUUGUACAAUCAAGCUCUGGGAUGCUCAGAUGGGUCAGCUAUUACAAACCUUUCAGGGGCAUUCUGAUUCGGUCUGGUCUAUAGCCUUCUCCCCGGAUGGUCAAAUGGUGGCCUCUGGCUCUAAUGAUUGUACAAUCAAGCUCUGGGAUGCUCAGAUGGAUAAGAAGCUACAGACCUCUAAGGGGCAUUCUAGUUAUAUCCCAUCUAUGGCCUUCUCCCCAGACGGCCAAACAGUAGCCUCUGGCUCAAAUGAUUGUACAAUCAAGCUCUGGGAUACUCAGACGGGUAAGCCGCUACAAACCCUCAAGGGUCAUUCCAGUUCAGUCCAGUCUGUAGCGUUCUCCCCAGACGGCCAAACGGUAGCCUCUGGCUCAGCUGAUCAUAUGAUCAAGCUCUGGGGUACUCAGACGGGCAAGGAGCUACAGACACUUAAGGGGCAUUCUGGUCGGGUUAAGUCUGUGGCAUUCUCUCCAGAUGGCCAAACGGUAGCCUCUAGCUCGGACGAUCACACAAUCAAGCUCUGGGAUGCUCAGAUAUGUAAGCUAUUACAAACCCUUCAGGGGCAUUUCUCUUCGGUUCGGUCUGUGACCUUCUCCCCGGAUGGCCAAAUACUUGCCUCUGGCUCAGAUGAUUGUACAAUCAAGCUCUGGGAUGCUCACACAGGUAAGGAGCUACAAACCCUCAAGGGACAUUUCAGUAUAGUCUGGUCUGUGGCCUUCUCACCAGACAGCCAAAUGGUAGCCUCUGGCUCAGAUGAUAAAACAACCAAGCUCUGGGAUACUCACACGGGCAAGGAGCUACAGACACUUAAGGGGCAUUCCAGUUGGGUCGAAACUGUGGCAUUCUCUCCAGAUGGCCAAAUAGUUGCCUCUGUCUGCAGAGAUUGUACAAUCAAGCUAUGGGAUGCUCACACGGGCAAGGAGCUACAGACUUUCCAGGGGCACCCUGACUCGGUCACGUCCAUCGUCAGCCAAAUUCCAAACCAGCCUCACGUUUCCGUGCCAGAUGACUGGGUCGCCUUUGGAAACCACAAUCUGAUAUGGCUCCCUGCUGAAUAUCGCAUAUUUUACUACGCAGCUAUACGACAUGACAGACUGGCUCUUGGUUACUCUACGGGGACUGUUUUGAUCAUAGGUUUCCGCAGUCAUUAG